UUGGGAUCUAAAGCUGAAAUUUGCAUAUGAGAUUGCAUCAGCUGUUUUGUGUCUACAUGAAAACAAUAUUAUCCAUCGAGAUUUGCAUUCAAACAACAUCUUGGUUCACCAAAAAACCAUAAAAUUAGUGGAUUUUGGACUUUCCCGUAAAAUGCUUGAAUCUACAACCACUUCAACAUUCAAAUUGGCAGGAGUGCUGCCUUAUAUUGACCCACAAUGUUUCAAGCAUAGCAAUAAGCAAGUAUAUAAACCAAACAAAAAAUCAGAUGUAUACAGUGUGGGUGUUUUAUUAUGGGAAUUGACUAGUAACAAGCCACCUUUUAGUAAUCUGGAUCCACAUUAUCAACAAUUUACUUUAAUGCUUGAUAUUUCUCAAGGAGUUCGUGAGGAACCUAUUCCAAACACACUCAAUGAAUACAUUAAUUUAUACAAAGCAUGUUGGCAGGAUGAUCCAAAAAGCAGGCCUGAUAUUCAAUAUGUUGAAACAAUGCUUAAUGGAAUGAUUUCAGGCUCAAAUAUAGUUGAUAAAAUUGAUAAUGAGGAAAAUGAUGAGCAACCAAAAAAUGAAAACAAUGAUUUUUUCAGUCAUUCCAGUGAUGUCUUGCAAGAAGAUUUUGAUAAUAAAGUCAAAGAACUUUCAGAACUCUGA